AUGCCAGAAGCAAGCGGUAACGAGGAGCUGCCGAUACUUUGUCAACGCCUUCCUCCAUCAUUCAAUCGCCAAAAUUCCUAUUUUGAUAUAUUUGAACUGGUCCCGAGACCGGUAGCUACCGUCACAUACCUCUUGCGGGCCAUUGUCACUUUUCGAACAUCUGAUGGAUUAGGAGUCGGCAAUCCAGUCACCGCUGAGGCAAAAAAGGACAUUGAUUUCCUGCCAUAUACGGAAGUGCAACCACCAACUCAUAUCUCAAGCUUCCCUGGAGAAUUCAUCACAAGAGUCGAACGGCAGCUACGGAGGUAUCUGUUUGGACGUCGUCUCGGAACUCUAACAGUGGUUGCCAAAGAACCGGACGCUCUUGUUUACAGUUCUGAGAACGUCAACGUUACUACAGACAUUGUCCUUCGCAUAUUUUUUUAA